UGACGUCGCUGAUAUAAUGCCGUGUCAAGGGCAAAAGAGUAAUCGGGAAAGUUCCUGGAAACGGAGUGAGCUGGGACGCCGCGGAUUCCGCAGAGGUUUCGCUGCCCUGCUCCGCGCACACCGAGAGAAACGCGACAGUUGAUCACCCGGUAGUUACCCAGAUUACAGUCACAGCUCGGAGGACUGGAGGAGCCAUUCAUCCUGACAUGAAACUUGAGGGGAAAGUAUUUGCGACAACAACAGCAGCAGCGGCAGGUGUGAGCCUUGGUUUACCAGUUUCUAUAUAAAGCAAACAUAACUACUUGAAUCAGCUUCCUUCUGCACUCCAGACUUUUGGGAAAUCUGCCAUAGCCAUGAGCGGGAAAGGGUGUCAGCUCCUGGUGUCACCUUGUAGUGUGUCCCCAUCGCUAAGUGUGAUCAGAGGACACCAGUCCCAGUCCAUCAGGAUGCCUGUAUCUUCCUCUCAGCAGAGCAACCUUAGUCCCUCUUCUGGGAGAAUGCAGAAAGUGAAAAGAGGGACCGUUCAUUCCUUUGCCUCUGAGAAACAGAGUGAAAGUCAUGUUGUGCUGCCAAGCCUGAGUCUUCGCAGACAGGUGUUGACCAAUGGAAAACAUCUAAACAUGCCGAGUGGAUCCCCGCACCAGCAACCACCUACUCAACAUCUUAUAAACACAAAAGGGGGAACUACCAUACAGACGAGACUCUCUGACAGCUUUAAAGCAGAUUGCUCUCUGUCUGGGCCUACCAUGGAUGUAUUUGGUCAAGCAGCUGCUGUUAAUGUAACAGUGACCAGCAGUCCCAUGGCUCUUGUCAAAGGCCAGCCAUAUACUGCAGGGCCCGCAGUGCCUCACCCUCCUCCGCAGUCUCAUAGUGUGCCGGUUCCCCACUCUGACACCAGGUCCUUACUGUCUAGAGAAUCCUUGGCAUCCACCACCCUCAGUCUGUUUGAAACACAGUCAAUGUUUAGUGGCAGACAUGACUGGCCAUAUGGUUACCGUGUGCUUCCUCCUCUGGGACUACCUCAGUGCUCUGCCCAAGCCAGCGAGGGCAGCGAGCAGCUCAGCCUUUCCCCUGGCACGGCCAUGUCGGGCACGACCAUAUCCGGUGGCACAAGCACUUCUGCCUCCUUGCCUUCAUACCUCUUUGCAGGUGAGGCCGGAAGCCCAAGACAGACACGCGCUAAGAAGAGAGCACUCUCCAUGUCGCCUUUGUCAGAUGUCAUGGGUCUAGAUUUUAACUCCAUUAUACGCACAUCGCCUACCUCACUUGUAGCAUAUAUCAACGGUUAUACCUCUCCAGCCUCCCACCCCACACUCUCACCUGUUCUGUCCGAGAGUUACGGUCACUUCCUGGGCGUGAGAGGCCGCUGCAUCCCACAGAGCCAUCUGUACAGCAUGACAGGCUCUUCACAAGCUCUGGCCCCGCAGUCAACAUGUGGAAAUAUGCAGAUGCUUGAGGAGGGAAUGGGCCUGGAAAGCCAGAUGGCUAACAUGGUGGUGGAACAGCAGUGCCUCCCAGAUGAAGAAGGGGUGCUGGAGAAGACCUCAGACAGCUGCAGCCCACCCAUCAAUAAAAUGCUGCUACCUCUACAGUUAGAGCCAUCGCUGUUGACUCCUGUCUCAGAACCCACUCCUCCACAUGGGCCUCCACCACCCUACCACUCACACCAGCACAUUCACCUCUCCAGACAUCAGUGCAAAAAAAAGCCCCUUACUCAGGACCCUGUCACAAAGGGUGCCAUUCCCCCGGUCCAUCCCAGGCACGGGGUCAGUUUUUUACCCCAGAUUCCAAUGCUGGAGGAAGAAGAAGGAGAACUGGAGGAGUAUGGGGCUCACUGCUGCAGGUGGUUGGACUGCAAUGCAGUUUAUGACCAAAAGGAGGAGUUGGUAAGGCACAUAGAAAAGCUACAUGUGGACCAGCGGAAGGCUGAGGAUUUCACAUGUUACUGGGCAGCCUGUCCACGCAACUUCAAGCCAUUCAAUGCACGAUACAAGCUUCUUAUCCACAUGAGGGUCCAUUCAGGAGAAAAACCCAACAAAUGCUCGUUCGAAGGUUGCAACAAGGCUUUCUCUCGGCUCGAAAAUCUAAAGAUCCACCUGCGUAGCCACACGGGGGAAAAACCUUAUCUUUGUCAGCACCCAGGCUGCCACAAGGCUUUCAGCAACUCGAGUGACAGAGCUAAGCACCAGCGUACACACCUGGACACAAAGCCAUAUGCAUGCCAGGUGCCUGGCUGUGCAAAGCGUUACACUGAUCCCAGCUCCUUAAGGAAACAUAUGAAGUCCCACUCAACAAAAGAACGACACUUACGAAAGAAGAUAAAAUCCACUGCUGAUGUGACCCAGGACACCCUGACAGACUGUUUAACCAUCCACCCUCUGCAGCCAAGCCUCUCUCCUCUGGCAAGGCUAGACAACAACUUGAACCUAUCGCCUGGUGCCUCCCAUGAGUCAUACUCCGCUGCUCCACAGGGAGAAGACUCCUGCAGCAAUCCUCACCUGGGUCUGUUGUUCUCCUCCUCCUUGCAAGAUAAUUACAGGUUUGUUGAUCCUUCCCCUUGCCAGCUCUUCCCUGGGGACCAGUGCAGACCUUGUUCUUCCACCUGCCUCCCGCAUCCUCCCUGUGGGACAUCCCUGCAGAACAGCUGUGAUUUGAAGCAGGUUAGCCAGCCUCCUGACAUGGCAAAUCGCAGCCCAGGAUUUGGUGUCCACUAUCAAGCAGAAAAUUUAGCUGCUAAUCAAGAAUUACAUGGAGGGGAUUUCUUCAGUGUGAUGGACGAGGACACAAAUCACAUCUCCUGCAUCUAUACAGAGGGAUGAUCUGGCUCACGUGUGGGUUCCUUUCCUUUUGAACUGCUCUGUGUUUAAUGAGAAGAAGACAUACGUGACACUGGAACCUGGAGGAAGCUUCUUUUACAAAAGAACAUUCGAUCAUAAAACAGCUCCCUGAGUUAAGACAAAAUCGAGGAAUUGACCCUUGCACCCAACUGCGACUAAAUUCCUGUAAAUGUACCGUACUGUCUGACUCAACACCCAGGCUCCUAUUCCCAGUAAUCAAUGUAAAGUAAUGUCUGUGCCUCGAAGAUUUUUAUGUUUAGAGUAAUUUAGGUUAUUUCCUCACUUUGUGCAACAAGUAGUGAGCACUUUGAGUAGUUUAUGUUGGCAUUUUGCAUAAUAUUGAACACUGCGAUCAAAGUAUGCAAGGAACCGUUUAUUAAGGUUUUGUCUUAGAAUCAUGGCUGUGUAACUACGUAGCAAGAAAGCCUUUUACUAUAAUGUUCAGGAGCUGUUGUUUGAAUUUAGCAAUCUGCUGUGAGUGUGAGUGAACAAUGAUUUUAAAUGUUUUUAAAUAUUUUUUAUUAAGCUUUUUCCUUACUACAGUUUGUGUCCACACAGCAAGAAAAUUACAUUGUGGAACCCACACAAGCUUCUGGAGAUAAAGCACUAUUACAGUAUAUAAAUAUUUGUGUGCGUGUGUGUGUAUAUAUACCUUUUAAUUGUUGCCUGUUUCUUUAUUUAUUGCAUUGGAUUUCAGUGCAAAUGUUGCUAACUAAUAUUGUAUAUUGUAAUAACGCCAGCAUCACGGGGUAUUUUCAAACAUUCAGGAUACUUGGGCAUCCUCUGAUAAUGAUGCCACUUUAGAGGUUUUUGUAUUCAGCACAAGUUUAGAUAUAAUAAUAGCAGUCUGUCUUACAUAAUUCUACUUUUCUUGAAAAAAAAAUGGUAAAUGAGCCUGUGUGCCAGAAUGUGUGAAAAUGAUGACCUUACUAUUUGUGAUAAACCAUGUGGAUCACUUCAAACAAUUCUUCUGAGUCUUGGGUAUGUAUCAAACACUAACACUAUCA